UCAAUUCGGUUAAAUCCGGACCAAUCAGGUCCGGGGGUUUCCCUUGGUGGGCGGGACUGUAGUGCUUCCUCACACAGCAGGCUCGUUUCCUAGACGUUGCUAACAACCUGCUGCCUGCAACUUUCGCCUGUCUCCUCGUGCACUGUCGUUUUCCAGCUGAGGGGUGUUCGAUAUGUGCGCGAGGAUGCAGCCGUGUCCACACUGAGAGUCCCCCUCAGCUCCGUGCCGGCUGCAUGGUGCUCCGUGUCUCUCUGCCUGCUUUCUGACGCUUGAGGUUGCAGUCUGGCCUCCAGCCGCGACUGCGAAUUAACUUCAUUGCUCAGCGUCGCCUUGCUAUGUUUAUUUUAUAAAGAUGGCGGUGAAGGGGACACUGUAAACUAAAUGACUGUCAGAAACAUCGCCUCCAUUUGUAAUAUGGGCACCAAUGCCUCUGCUCUGGAGAAAGACAUCGGCCCGGAGCAAUUCCCAAUCAACGAACACUACUUCGGAUUGGUCAAUUUUGGAAACACGUGUUACUGUAACUCAGUGCUCCAGGCUCUGUACUUCUGCCGGCCUUUCCGGGAGAAUGUGCUGGCGUACAAAGCCCAGCAGAAGAAGAAGGAGAACCUGCUCACGUGCCUGGCUGACCUCUUCCACUCCAUUGCCACGCAGAAGAAAAAAGUUGGCGUCAUACCGCCCAAGAAAUUCAUCUCCCGCCUACGGAAGGAGAACGAUCUGUUUGACAACUACAUGCAACAAGAUGCACACGAAUUCCUCAACUACCUGCUGAACACCGUGGCUGAUAUUCUGCAAGAGGAGAAAAAGCAGGAAAAGCAGAACGGGCGCCUCAAGAACAAUGGCACCGCCGUCACCACCGAGGCUGAGACGGAGAACAAGACGGAGCCCACGUGGGUUCACGAUAUCUUUCAAGGCACACUGACCAAUGAGACGCGCUGCCUCAACUGUGAAACAGUGAGCAGCAAAGAUGAGGAUUUUCUGGAUCUUUCUGUGGAUGUAGAGCAGAACACAUCAAUAACACACUGUCUCAGGGACUUUAGUAACACAGAGACUUUGUGCAGUGAAUACAAAUACUACUGUGAGACAUGCUGCAGCAAGCAAGAAGCACAGAAACGGAUGCGUGUGAAGAAACUUCCUAUGAUCCUGGCGCUACACCUCAAGAGGUUUAAGUACAUGGAGCAGCUGCACCGCUACACCAAGCUGUCCUAUCGGGUGGUUUUCCCAUUAGAACUCCGUCUCUUUAACACGUCUGGGGAUGCAGUCAACCUGGAUCGCAUGUAUGAUCUAGUAGCUGUGGUGGUGCACUGUGGAAGCGGCCCAAAUCGAGGUCAUUACAUCACUAUAGUGAAGAGUCAUGGCUUCUGGCUGCUGUUUGAUGAUGACAUUGUGGAGAAAAUUGAUGCCCAGGCCAUUGAGGAGUUUUACGGUCUUACCUCAGAUAUCUCGAAGAACUCUGAGUCGGGAUACAUCCUCUUCUACCAAUCCAGGGAGUGACGCUGGAGAAGGAUAGGAAGGACUUUGUUUUGUUUUUUAAACUUCAGCCUAACAGACUCUUCAUCUCCAUCCCAUCCUGCUCCUCCUCCUCAAGUCAGACCUCUCUGAAGUAUGUGCCAAUCCUCUGCCCCAGUCUCACCCUCUGGGUUUUACCUCGUCUAUUUCUUUUCUCUGUCACUCUCUUUAUUUUGAUUCUUGUCUUUUAGCCACCUGCAUUUGGACUGCACUUUAAUAUGAAAAGCAAAAAUGCUCAACAGCAUGAUCGGGGAGGAAAAGGUAUUGCAUCAAGCAGCCACUUGGUGUUCUCAACCAGGAAGGAUUUGGUGCACAUAUAGACAGUUUCAGAAAUUGUACUUUAUCAUUUUUAUGUAUAUAUGUAUAAGAUCUACUUCCAUGAUGUGCCACCCAAUCAUACUUCCUUCCAUUAGGGCUAUUCCCCUUCCUUAACUGAGCUUCGGUGUAUUUAUGUCUUUAGUGGGUGCAUGAGAAAUGUAUGAAGAUGGAGACAAACACUGUAUAAUACGCAUUGAGA